UAUUCAAAAUAUUCUCUUCCAACGUCCCAAACUUGGCUGAUACAUUUGCCCUCCAAAUUUUAAACUUUUACAUCAUUUUUAUUCUUUCAGAGACAAGAAGCUCGAUCAGAAAAACCGACCACCUUUACGUUCAUGGCUACCAAGUUCUUGGCUCUAUGCAUACGCAGUGAGAGCCGGGGCGAUCUGUCGCCCCGGCCUCACUAUCCGUCCAUGCCCAAGUAUCCGAAGGGCGUGGCGGUAGAGGAGACCAGCUUGAUGGCGGAGGUUGAGGCCAAGGCCGUGUUCUCCGUCAUCGGCAUGACGUGCUCAGCCUGUGCGGGAUCGGUCGAGAAGGCCGUCAAGAGGCUCCCAGGGAUUCGGGAGGCCGUCGUCGACGUCUUGAACAACCGGGCGCAAGUCAUGUUCUAUCCCAAUUACGUUAACGAGGAGACGAUUCGCGAGAAGAUUGAAGAUGUUGGGUUUCAAGCCACACUGAUUAAUGACGAGGGAAAUGAGAGGUCCACUUUGGUAUGCAGAAUUCGGAUAAAGGGAAUGACUUGCACUUCUUGCUCCACCACUGUUGAAUCAGCUUUGCAGGCAGUUCAUGGUGUACAAAAAGCUCAAGUUGCACUAGCAACUGAAGAAGCAGAUGUUCACUAUGAUCCUAAGAUUGUGAGCUACGAUCAUUUGCUAACAACCAUUGAAGACACCGGAUUUGAAGGCAUACUUCUCACUACAGGGGAAGACAUGAGCAGGAUAGAGCUUAAGGUUGAUGGCGUACGGACUGAUCAUUCAAUGAGAAUACUUGAACAGUCUCUUCAAGCACUCCCUGGUGUGCAAGCUAUAGAAUUUGAUUCUGAAAUCAAGAAAAUCUCUCUUUCUUACAAAUCAGAUAUGACAGGGCCAAGAAAUUUCAUCAAUGUGAUUGAAACAACUGGUUCCAGGCGUUUCAAGGCAAAUAUUUUCCCUGGAGGUGGAGCAGGAAGAGAUACUCAUAGAAAGGAGGAAAUUAAGCAGUAUUAUAGAUUCUUCCUGUGGAGUUUGGUUUUUACUAUUCCAGUGUUUUUAACCUCCAUGGUCUUCAUGUACAUUCCUGGAAUUAAGCAUGGCCUAGAAACCAAAAUCGUGAAUAUGCUCGAAAUUGGGGCACUUUUGAGGUGGAUCCUGUCCACUCCAGUGCAAUUCAUCAUAGGCCGGAGGUUCUAUACUGGGGCAUACAAAUCAUUGCGCCAUGGUUCGGCUAAUAUGGACGUGUUAAUCGCCUUGGGAACAAAUGCAGCCUAUUUUUAUUCAGUCUACUCUGUGCUGAGAGCUGCUACCUCUCCAAAUUUUAAGGGUACUGAUUUCUUUGAGACUAGUGCCAUGCUUAUUUCAUUCAUUCUCUUAGGGAAGUACCUAGAGGUGUUAGCUAAGGGGAAGACAUCUGACGCCAUUGCCAAACUGAUGGACUUGGCACCAGAAACAGCAACUUUGUUAACACUAGAUGGAGAAGGAAAUGUCAUAAAUGAAGAAGAAAUUGAUAGUAGGUUGAUACAAAAGAACGAUGUCAUUAAAAUUAUUCCUGGGGCAAAAGUAGCUUCGGAUGGUUAUGUGACUUGGGGGCAAAGCCAUGUGAAUGAGAGUAUGAUAACGGGAGAAGCAAGGCCGGUGGCAAAAAUAAAGGGUGAUACAGUCAUUGGAGGUACUUUGAAUGCGAAUGGUGUGUUGCAUAUCAGGGCAACAAGGGUUGGAUCAGAAAGUUCUCUUUCCCAAAUUGUGCGGCUUGUUGAGUCAGCUCAGAUGGCCAAAGCUCCUGUGCAGAAGUUUGCCGACCGCAUUUCCAAAUACUUUGUGCCACUGGUGAUCAUGCUUUCAUUCUUGACCUGGCUUUCGUGGUUUUUGGCUGGAAAAUUCCAUGGCUACCCAGAAUCUUGGAUACCGUCUUCCAUGGAUAGCUUCCAGCUUGCUCUCCAGUUUGGAAUCUCUGUCAUGGUUAUAGCAUGCCCUUGUGCUUUAGGCCUAGCUACUCCGACUGCAGUCAUGGUUGGAACUGGAGUAGGUGCAUCCCAAGGUGUAUUGAUCAAAGGAGGACAAGCAUUAGAAAGUGCACAUAAGGUGAACUGCAUUGUGUUCGACAAGACAGGGACUCUCACAAUUGGGAAGCCAGUGGUUGUUAACACAAGACUCCUGAAAAAUAUGGUGCUUAGGGAAUUCUAUGAACUUGUUGCUGCGGCUGAGGUGAACAGUGAGCACCCUUUGGCCAAGGCCAUCGUUGAGUAUGCCAAAAAGUUCAGAGAAGAGGAAGAGAAUCCUUCGUGGCCAGAAGCGCGCGACUUUGUCUCCAUUACUGGCCGUGGGGUGAAGGCCAUUGUUCAAAACAAGGAAAUAAUUGUUGGGAACAAAAGCUUGAUGGUGGAUCACAACAUUGCAAUUCCGGUUGAUGCAGAAGAGAUACUUGCAGAAGCUGAAGGACUAGCUCAAACUGGGAUUUUAAUAUCCAUAGAUGGAGAAGUGACUGGAGUUCUGGCCAUAUCUGAUCCACUGAAACCCGGUGCUCAAGAAGUUAUUUCCAUACUCAAGGCUAUGAAAGUGAGAAGCAUAAUGGUGACAGGUGACAAUUGGGGAACUGCAAAUUCUAUUGCCAAGGAAGUUGGAAUUGAAACCGUUAUAGCAGAAGCCAAACCCGAACAGAAAGCAGAGAAAGUGAAGGAAUUGCAGGCUUCAGGCGACACCGUGGCGAUGGUGGGAGAUGGGAUCAAUGACUCACCAGCACUUGUGGCAGCAGAUGUAGGAAUGGCAAUUGGGGCAGGAACAGACAUUGCAAUUGAGGCAGCUGACAUUGUUCUCAUGAAGAGCAAUUUGGAGGAUGUGAUAACCGCCAUUGACCUUUCCAGGAAAACCUUCUCUCGUAUUCGCUUGAACUACAUCUGGGCUUUGGGUUAUAAUGUUCUUGGCAUUCCAAUAGCUGCAGGGGCCCUUUUUCCAUCUACGGGAUAUCGUUUACCACCAUGGAUAGCUGGAGCUGCAAUGGCAGCUUCUUCUGUCAGUGUUGUUUGCUGCUCUCUGCUACUGAAGAACUACAAGAGGCCCAAGGAGCUGGAAAGCCUGGAGGUUCGGGGAAUAAGGAUCGAAUGAUUGAUAAGUAGCCUUUUGAUUCUGUUGUGUGCAUGCUUGAAGGGCUCAAGUUCUAGUAAAUUGGGUAGUGUUGUGGCUGAUGAAGCAAAUAUGUAAUAAACUAGGUUGUUUGGAUCACAUUUUGUAUAUAUUUGGAUGUAAGAAGGGAAUUUUGAUUAGAAGACUGGCAUGGGCUGUUCUGUUAUCUUAAUUGAUGGAUAAUCAACUAUCAUAAACAUAUGUAACAAAUUAAAUCAUCCAUCAUUAAGAUAGUGAAUCACUGGUAGUCCUUGAAACUUUUGAAGCAAAUUUCACUGUGGAAA